AUGAGUGGCCUGCCGGACGACGCAAUUGCGAGGGCAAAGGCCAUCGCUGCUCGCCUCACAGCAAGCCUGGGUCCCGAGGGUGGGGGUGGAGGUACUAAACGACGUUUUGGGGACGGGGAAUCGGAAGAGCCGCGGAAGCGGGAGAAGAUUUUUAUCCCGAAAGACAAUCCUGAUUUCAACUUCUUCAGCUUGUUGAUUGGUCCCCGGGGAUCAACGCAAAAACGUCUUCAGGAAAACACCGGGGCGCGAAUUAACAUCCGUGGCUCGGACGGUUCGAAAGGGGAAGAGGCACCUGAAGGAGAACCGCAAGAGGAUAUGCACGUGCUGAUCGAAGGCACGGAGGAGCAGGUAGCAGCCGCCAAGAAGGAAGUGGAGAAGAUUUUAUUCGACCCCGCCGAAGCCAUGCGUCUCAAGGCGGCGCAACUGCGGAACCUGGCUGAAUUGAAAGGUGGCUACUCGCCCGGCGGCAGCGCGAGUGGGGGGGGCGGUGACGAAGGACAUUAUGGCCCCGUGCGCUCCAAGCCGGGCCUGGGGUUCGGGGCGGAACCGGAGACGGGGGACAUGAAGAUACCCUCGAGCAUGGUCGGGCUGGUGAUCGGACGAGGGGGUGAAAACAUCCAAAAAAUCACGGCUAAAACGGGCUGCUUUGUGCAGGUGUCGAAGGAGACGGAGCCGGGCGAGAACACGCGUGCGGUGAGUGUGAAAGGCCCCACCAAGGAGGGCGUGGCGGAGGCGCUGCAAAUGAUCCAGGGGCAGGUGGAUGAGGCCCAGGCAGAGCGGAGCAAACCGCGCGCGGGGACCGGGGGUGGGGGCCACUAUGGGGGCGGGGGGGGAGGACAGAGUUCCGAGUACGGGGUUGCGGCGACCCUCACAGUGCCGGUGCCCUCGGACAAAGUCGGGCUUAUCAUCGGCCGGGGCGGAAGCACCAUCCGGACCAUUCAGGAGCGGACAGGCGCCAACGUGAACAUCCCCAGCGCCAACCAAGGGGACGAGCCCAACGUCCGCCUUGUCACGGGGGGCACGGCGCUUGUCAUGCACAUCGACCAGGACAAAGUGGGGCUGAUCAUCGGCCGGUCCGGGGCGGUCAUCAAGGAGAUUCAGCACCGCACCAAUACGCGCAUUCAGGUGCCUACCACCGCCGAGCCCAACACCCAUCCCCCCGUGCGGGCUGUCACCAUCAUGGGACCCGGCGACGGACCGGAACGGGCGCGCUACGAGAUUGAAACCAAGCUAAUGAACGAAGGUUGCCGAGACGCCCACGGCAACUACAUCCCCUACCAGCCUAGCCCCGCCUUUAUCGUCCCCGUCGGUCCCGGCGGCGUGCCCAUCAUGCCGGGGGCGGCUCCUCCCCCUCCGCCCCAGGGGGGGGGUUACUACCCUCCUCCCCCGGGCUAUCAGCCCCAGCAGCCACCCCCGCCCGGAUAUCCACCCCCUGGAUACCCGCAGCAGCCUGCGCAGUCAGAUCCUUACGCCGCUUACUACCAGCAACAACAGAACCAGGGCCCCAGUCCCGCGCAGCAGCAACAACAACAGCAGCAACAACAACAACAACCACAACAUCAACCACAACAUCAACCACAGCCUCAACAGCCGCAGCAACAGCCAGCAUAUGCUUCGCAAACGAACGGUGGUGAUGCCGCCGCUGCACAACAACAACAACAACAGGCUGCUCCUGCUCCCGCUCCAACAUCAAGCUCUGACUCGGCGAGUAAUGGAGCAGUUGGAGGUGAAGCAGCUUAUGAUCCCACUCAAUACUGGGAUCAAUUCUGGGCAUACGCUGUGCACUAUGGAGAAGAAUACGCGCGCAAGCAGUACGGCACGUGGGCACCGCCUGAAGGUACGCCGCCUCCUCCCGGUAUCUCCCUUCCUUCCGCCGCGCAGGCCAUGGCCGCCAUCGCGGCACUGGGUCAGACAUCUUAG